AUGCGACUUUAAUAGUCUCAACCAUUUUAAUUCACAGACAGACGCGUCCGUAAACCACCACUUCUUGGCAACUGAAAUAUGAUAGCGAAGUGCUUAUUUUCUCGCCCUCUUUUCCCCGUUGUGUGAAUCACUCAUGUUGAACAUUUCCGACAGUCCUUGAAUGCAGCACACAGAUAGCGCUGCUCCUCUGCUCCGGCAGCCAGUCUCCACUCCGAGGUGUCCUCUCCAUUGAGUUGCACACGGAGGAGAACCUCUAGACAAGUUUUAACCUGGAAAUAGCGUCCGUGAGUCCGGUGAAAGGCGAAUGUAGUCCGGCUUCUGUUUCGAAAGGCAAAGAAUAGUUUGGGGGAAGAUAGUAGUCUUUAUUCCCCUGAACAGCAAAAGCGACUGACUGAACGCUGCCCGCCAGCCUCGCUGUCCCGGGGGAGCCUUUUUGUUUGGGGUUAACCUAACAGUGAGUGCAACCGUUGGCGCGUUUACCUUCAGUUUGGACAGUGAUUGAAAAAUAUUCUCAAAUACUUUCUGCCUGACGUGUCUGAGUCUGCUGGGUUAAGCUGUGAUGAGGAGGGACUUUAACAGGGGUGAAGCGCCAGACGGAGACAGCGAAAGCUAAGCUCAUCUCCCCAACCAACCAACGGUGGUCAGCGACCACAGCCUCGACCACAAAAACACAGGCUGCUCAUUGCAGUGAGUCAGUAUCAUGGAGGCAGGCAGCGGGGCUGCCGCAGCGGUGGGGAGUGCAGCACUAGGACUGCUGGGAGCCGCAGCUACGUCCAGCCAUGACAUCUUGGACAGGGGCCUGAGGCCUGGACGUCACCCAGAGGAGGACGACAUUGUGCCCGAACUGGCUCACAUUCAUCCCAGAGAGAGACCUGACUGGGAGGAGACCAUCAGUGCCAUGGCGAGGAGCGCAGAGAUCCCCGAGUUGAGGACGGAGCCCCUCAUGCGCUCAUGCAGCAGCAGCACGGCCAGUAUGAAGGUCAAGAAUGUCAAGAAACUUUGCUUCACCAAGGGCCACUUCCCAAAACUGGCAGAGUGCGCUCACUUCCACUACGAAAACGUGGACUUCGGCACAAUUCAGUUGACCCUCGGGGAUGAACAGUGUGAAGUGACGCGGAACGGCUACGAGUCUAAAGAACUGGUGUACUUAGUUCAUAUUUACUGCCAGGGUCGAAGCUGGAUUGUGAAGCGCAGCUAUGAGGAUUUCCGUGUCCUGGACAAGCACCUGCACCUCUGCAUCUACGACCGACGUUUCUCACAGCUGCCUGAGCUGCCUCGAUUAGACAGCCUGACUGAUCAGUCAGAGUCAGUUUCCCAAAUGUUGUUGGCUUACCUCUCCCGGCUCUCAGCCAUCGCUGACAACAAGAUCAACUGUGGGCCUGCCCUCACAUGGAUGGAGGUUGACAAUAAGGGGAAUCAUCUAUUGGUCCAUGAAGAGUCGUCCAUCAAUGUGCCAGCUAUCGCUGCUGCCCACGUCAUCAAGCGCUACAUUGCACAGGCCUCAGACGAGCUGUCCUUUGAGGUUGGCGACAUUGUGUCAGUGAUUGACAUGCCCCCUAAAGAAGACACCACAUGGUGGAGGGGCAAGCAUGGCUUUCAGGUUGGCUUCUUUCCCAGCGAGUGUGUGGAGCUCAUAAAUGAUAAAGUGCCGCAGUCCAUGACCAACUCGGUGCCAAAACCAGCCUCCCCCUGCUCUGGCCUGCAGCCUGCUUCUUGGAGUCUCUUCCCCCCCUACUUGGAGAUGGAGAGUGUAAUACAGGACAAUGCAUGGGUGGCCGACCCGCUAAACCACUACAGCCUAAGUUCAGUUUCUAAGAAGCACGGGAAGCUGAUCACCUUCUUGCGCUCCUUCAUGAAGUCCAGGCCCACCAAGCAGAAGCUGAAGCAGAGGGGCAUCCUGCGGGAGAGGGUGUUCGGCUGCGACCUGGGAGAACACCUCCUCAACUCAGGACAUGAUGUUCCCCAGGUCCUCAAGAGCUGCACCGAGUUCAUCGAGAAGCACGGUGUGGUGGACGGCAUCUACCGCCUCUCUGGAAUCGCCUCAAAUAUCCAGAAAUUGCGGCAUGAGUUUGACUCUGAGCAGAUCCCCGACCUGACCAAAGAUGUUUACAUCCAGGACAUCCACUGUGUUGGCUCGCUGUGCAAGCUCUACUUCAGAGAGCUGCCCAACCCCCUGCUCACCUACCAGCUCUACGAGAAAUUCUCUGAGGCUGUAUCAGCAGCGACAGAUGAAGAACGACUCAUCAAAAUUCAUGAUGUCAUCCAGCAGCUUCCUCCACCGCAUUACAGGACCCUGGAGUUUCUCAUGAGACAUCUCUCCCACCUGGCAGCAUUCAGCUACAUCACCAACAUGCACAGCAAGAACCUGGCCAUCGUCUGGGCCCCCAACCUGCUGAGGUCAAAACAGAUUGAAUCUGCAUGCUUCAGCGGCACAGCAGCCUUCAUGGAAGUCCGAAUCCAGUCAGUGGUGGUGGAGUUCAUUCUUAAUCAUGUGGAUGUUCUCUUCAGCACUAAACUCAGCUCACUAAUACGAGAGGGAGCAGGUCACAACUCAUUGUCACGGCCCAAGUCCCUGCUGGUUUCAUCACCCUCCACUAAACUCCUGAGUCUAGAGGAGGCCCAGGCCAGGACUCAGGCUCAGAUCAACUCUCCAGUUACUGAAGACAGCAAGUACAUCGAGGUGGGCGAAGGUCCUGCUGCCCUGCAGGGCAAGUUCCACACGGUCAUCGAGUUUCCCACUGAAAGGAAGAGGCCUCCUAUUAAAUCCAAGAAGUCUCCUGUGGGUAGUUGGCGUUCCUUCUUCAACCUGGGCAAGUCUUCCUCCAUGUCCAAGCGCAAGCUGCACCGUAACCCCAGUGAGCCCAAUGAACUAAAGGCCAUGGCUCUUGCUGGAGGCAGAGGGGAUACAGCAACAUUAAGAUCCGCAAAGAGUGAAGAGUCAUUGAGUUCCCUGCACAAUGUUGAAGGAGAGUCCAAAGUGUAUCGUCCUCGGCGGCCGCGCUCCAGCAGCGAUGCCCUGUCGGCCUCCUUUAACGGCGAGCUGCUGGACAGUCGGCAGCACUGCAACUCCUAUGACAACCUGGAUGCCACAGAGGACAGCGACGGGGAUGACGGGCCCAUCUGUGUACCUGCUCUCAUCUCACCUCCCCGCUCAGCAGGUGAAGAUGUGGACCUCAGCCCGCCAGACAUUGGCAUGGCCUCCUUGGACUUUGACCCAAUGUCUUUCCAGUGCAGCCUCCCCGACACCUCCUAUGCCUUCCCCCUAGAUGACUCACCAGCUGGGGCUGAGGGCUCCACGUUAAAGAGGAGCCCUGGCAGCGUCUGUGGCAAGACCAAUGGCUCUGACUUCAUCUCUGCCUCCUUCCUGGGCAACUUGACCUCCUCCUUGUUGUCCACAGACUUCAGCCCGGCUGUCAGAGAGAGGAUGGAAAGCAAGAGACUGACCACCUCCUAUUCUUACACUGAUAAACCCACACAGGCUGUGUCACCUAUUAAAUGUGGAAAGGCCACUAGUUUGACACCAUUUGCCACUUCAGAGAUUUUCUCUACAGAGAUGCCUGACAGGAAUACAGCUGGACAGGCUGUCCCUCCACAGCCAUUAUCUCCUCCAUCAGGACCCAAGGACUCUCCUCCCCUGAUGGGCAGCGUGCUGCUAAGGGCAGCCGAGCCGUCGCUAAGUGAGGCUUUCCAAAUGGAGCUGCACACUAAGCUGGCAGCCUCUGACAGCGUGGACAGUCGAGAACUGAAGGGAGAGGACAGUACACAGCAGGCACCAGCAGCCUGCAGCCAAGAGCACCAAGGAGUUGUAGCUCCGGACUCUUCAAAGGACCUCACCCCUCGUUCCCUCAGCUCUUCAGCUGCCACUUCUGCCCCUCCUCCUCCCCCUCCUAAAAACGCUGCCCGCAUGUUGGCCCUGGCCCUCGCUGAGUCUGCCCAGCAGGUCUCCAUACAGUCUAAUUCUCGGUCCUCUGAGCCCCCGACACCAGUGUCCCCUCUGCAGCCACAGGAGGCCUUUGAUUUCCAGGACAUGCCAGGACUACCACUGAUCCCACAGUUCCAGACUUCCUCCGACGAGGGAGCUGGACGAGGAAGUUCCCCGCCACCAAACUUCACUGCUCCAACCGACACCACAGCUUCAUCUUAUCCCUCCACUUCCAGUCCUCCAAUCAAACAGCAGCAGCUAGAGUUAACCAGCACGAUUACCAAGCCGUCAGACAGUGCCAAGUCCUCUACAACUCCAACUGGAACUCAGCCAGAAACAGUUUCCACCCCACCAGGCACUCCACUUCACAAGUGCACCCCCCUCUCCAGUUCAAACAGCCUGGUUUCUCCAACCAGGAAGAGUCCAGACAGGCAGCAGCCUGUUACAGGACAGGUUCCACUCCAUACCAGCUCAACCAGUAGCACUCCAGCCACCACCCCCAGUGGCAGCUGCAAAGACUCUGGAGUCUUACCACCACAGUCUGUUCCUGAGGUCAAACCAGAGGAGACCGCACCGCCCCCAGUCUUCCCAAAACCAUCAGAGCAGCAGCCUCCAACAGCUCAAAAGCCCAAAAAGCAGGCCGCGUCACUGCCCCAGCAUCAAACACAAACACAGCAGACUCAGCAGAGCCAGGCUCAGAUACAGCCUCAUCUUCCAGCACAGCCUCAACCUCAGAUACAGCCUCAUCCGCAGUCACAGCCUCACACGCAAUCUCAGACACAAAUCCAACCCCAACCUCAUCCGCCCUCAAAGGCCAGUGCAAGAGUGGCACCCACCUCUGCUGAGCCCGUUGAGAAGCCUUGGGAGGCCAUAAAGCCGGUUCAGCCCUGCACAGAGUCUGCAAAAUAUCAUGACUCCUACGGUACCCUCCCUCCAACCCCUCCUGUCCGCACCAUUGAGAGCAAACUAGCCACAGCAGCACUCAGCCAAAGUGAAGCUUCCUACCACAUCCUGGCUGAGGGCCCUGCGCCUGGCCAUAUGGAGGAUGCCCUGCCUCACCAUCCUCUUUCCCCCCGUAAAUCCUCCACGCACCAGCCAGCCUACCUGUACCAUGCUAAAGGAGAACCGGUCUUAAUCGAACCUACAGGAGCUGCAUACUACCACCAAAGGCCUGUUCCCCUGGGCCCACAGUCCAUGCCACACCACUACCGACCUGACAGUGUCCCCCCACACCUCUCCUAUGUGUCCAAGUCUGAGCCUCAGAUACCUUACAGUGCCCGGGUAGACAACAGAUACAGCACUUUAGGCCCCAGGUCCUACCACCACUCUAUAAAGUCCAGAGGAAACCCCCGCAGUGUGUACGUAUCUCCAGGGCCGGGGCAUCAGGGUUAUAGCCAUGACAGAACCCACGGCUAUCCCACCAUCCGCAGAGUGCACUCACUCCAUGUUCCUUCCACUAUCCGCUCAGUGCCCAUCCAAAGGACAGAAGUUCCUCCAGACGAUGAAAUGUUCUUUUACCACCGACCUGUGUUUCAGUGCAAAGCCUACCAGCAACCCCCGCAGCAGUCCUCACAAGCCGACUACCAUGUCACUCAGCUGCAGCCUUACUUUGAGAAUGGACGGGUGCAGUAUCGCUACAGUCCCUACUCUGGUUCUAGCCCUUUGGAGGCGCCUUACUAUGACAUUGACCCUUACGGCACAGUCCGAGUCCGACACAUCCACUCCUACGGCAGAGGAGAUCAGGGAGCCGUUGCUGGCCGCCCGGGUGGAAAGGCGACUGGGUACCACUACCUCGCUCGCCAUGUUCUCCCACCUGGGAAGGAGCACAGCUUUGUGAGCAGGGACAUGCCCCCCAGUCAUGGGACCAAGGAAGCUGCUGCUUACCUCGCCUGGGACCCCGAGGAGUCAGAAAGACUCCGCAUGCACUCCAUCCGCAGGGAGAGCAGGGCCAGACAGAAGAUUAAAGGCCCCGUCCUGUCUCAGUAUGACAACGUAGGCCUGUUCGCACCAGCAGAUAUAUCAGGCUAUGAAACCCUGCAUUUGCGCAGUAAAUCUGACCCAGGUAAAGCUGUGCUGGUUGCAGCCGAGAGCAAAGACGGGCGCUACCUCCCCAGACACAUGGUGUCAGACCCUGACGUCCUCAUGUACAUGGAGACUGACAAGCAUGUCCAGGGCAGUCCAAUGGGUGACAAGUCGGACGGGCUUGCCAAGCAAAGCAGUUCCAAGAAAUGCCAAUCCUCUCACUCCCUUCCUGCUACCCUGAGCCACAGUCUCUCCCACCAGCAGGAGAGCGGCCGACACGAGGCCAAGCAUGAGACUGGAGAAGAAAAACUCUGUGGAGACAGCAGCAGGUCCAAACACUGGCAGCAUGAGCACCCCAACAAGAGGAACUUCCAACCACGUUUCGAGUGCCCUGAUCCUGACCAUCACCAGAGUAAAGGUAAAACAUCAAGCAGCUACCACAGUACAGACGACCAGUCAUCAGCUCCCAGGGAACAACUCGCCCGCCCCAAACCAGAGCGUUCACACAGCGUCCGGGAGCAGCAGCAUUACAGCCAGAGCAAACCUGAACUGGACAGAGACUACUCAUAUCAGAAACACAGCACUAAAACAGUGCAGUCCCACUACGACAACUUGGACGAUUACCACCCAGUACCUCAGCCUCAGGCCCCUGUUCAAAAACGUGGAGGCUCCAGCUCCUAUCCUGCCCCAGGAUUCACAGUGAGCCACAACAACAGAGCAUACUCCACAGCACUGGGCCAGGGAGCCUUUAUCCAGACUGACCUGGCCAUCCAGAGGCCAGAGACAGAGAUACGUACAGAAUGAACCAUUUAAGGGGGGAAAUGUGUUUAAAUUAUCUUUAGCUGUGUAGAAGAAAGACUCGUAACGAGCUCCGGUUGAGCAGCCUCUGCAGGACAGUGGACUGUCGUAUCACCAAUAUUUUUGCUCCUCUGUAUUUUUAAUGAAUUGUAAAGAAAAUUGUAAGACUUUUUACAGAAAGUCCUGAAUGUACCUGAAAUUAUUGUCCAAGCAGUCAUAUUGCUGUGAUUGAUUUGAGACAGUAGCCAGUCAUAAAUGUAUAUGAUAUGAAAGACGUAAGGUACUUUUAACAGGAACUACAAAAAUGUAAAAUAUAUAUACUAUAUAUAUAUAUAUGAAUAGAAUCACUAGUAAAAAGGGAUUUUUAGUUGUAUUUUGUUUUUUUUUUAGGUGUGGCGCUGGGUAUGAGCAUCAACUGGGAUUAAGGUUUGCAUUUUAGAAAUGCAUGCACUCUCUAUCUCUUACAGAACAGUUCUGUGUACUUCACUGUUCAUUACGUUCUUUCUGGAUGUUACAGCACAAGUUAUGGAAGGAGGAUGUAUGUGGGUCAUCACGCCCUCCCUCUGCUAAUAUGUACACAAGAAGGCGAUACAGUUUGUCCAUGUUUGUCUUGAAGAAUCUGACUGAGCGUGAGGUUUGAUAAGGAGCUGCAAUGGGUUACUUUCAGUUAAAGGUGCAGUGUGUACAAUUUAGUGGCAUCUAGUGGAACUGACUUGGCAGAAAUGGAAUAUAAUAUUCAUA